AUGUUUUGCCUACUAGUUAUAUUAAGUUUGAGUAGUGUGUCCUGCUCUGCCAAAAACACUUAUGAAGUGGAAAUAGGAAAUCAAUGUGGGUUCACAAGAUAUCCAAGCUUGUGUAUAGAAACCCUCACAGAAUCAGGCACCAGAAAUCAAGCUGAAUUCAUGUCUGUCCUUGUUAAUAAGACAAUUUCUGAAUCCAAGCUGCCUGUUUCUAACUUUGAGCAACUCAGUGUCCAUUUUGUCUCUCAAGAAGCCCAACUUGCCCGAAUGGCUAUGGACUAUUGCCAUGAGCUGAUGGAUAUGUCGCUCAAACGACUCAACCAAGCAUUUGACGCAAUCAAGGAAUCGCCAAGAAAACAUAAACAUGACAUCCAGACAUGGUUGAGUGCUGCCUUGACAUAUCAACAAACUUGCAAGGAUGAAGCAGAGGCUCAUGCUCCAACAAAUGCGUUCAUGGCUGAAAUUUCCAAGAAAAUGGACCUUCUUUCACAAUUUGGCAGUAAUCCACUUGCCAUGGCGAACCGAGUCACUGGAAAUCCAAAAACCAAAACUCCUUCAGGCAGGCGUCUGAUGGAAGAACAUAUAUUUCCUAAUUGGGUAUCAGCCAGUGACAGGAAGCUGCUUCAAAGUACAGAAAUAAAUGCAAAUGCUGUUGUUGCAAAAGAUGGAACGGGGAACUAUAAAACAAUCUCCGAGGCCAUUCGGGCUGCAACAGGAAGCCGAUUUGUGAUACAUGUUAAAUCUGGAGUUUACAGUGAGAAAAUUAACACCAACAAGGAUGGAAUUACCUUAAUUGGAGAUGGAAAAUCCUCAACCAUCAUUACUGGGAGUAGUACUUCAGGGGGCUCGUCCCUUCAAGGGUCUGCAACAUUUACAAUUAGUGGAGAUGGCUUUAUUGCACGAGACAUUGGAUUUCGGAACACGGCAGGGCCUGAUGCAGGACAAGCAGUGGCGCUAACAGUUGCAUCAGACCACACCGUGCUGUACAGAUGCAGCGUGGAGGGUUACCAGGACACAUUAUAUGCGAUUUCUCUUCGCCAAUUUUACCGCGAAUGUGACAUAUAUGGUACUGUGGACUUCAUAUUCGGGAAUGCUGUCGCUGUAUUCCAGAGCUGUAAUUUGGUUCUUCGGCAGCCACGCAGUGGCGGGAAAUACGAUGUGAUCCUGGCGAGUGGCCGGUCUGACCCUGGACAGAACACUGGAUUCUCUAUCCAAAAUUGCAGGAUCGGUCGGGGAUCAGAUUUUUCUGCUGGAAAAAGUGCAUACUUGGGGCGGCCCUGGAAAGAUUUUUCAAGGGCAGUUAUUAUGCAAUCCACAAUAGAUUCUACGAUUGCGUCCCAGGGUUGGGUGGAGUGGCCAGGAGCCAGUGGUUCCAGAUACAAAACACUCUACUUCGCUGAAUUCGAAAACAUCGGCCCCGGGGCCAGUACUUCUGGAAGAGUAAAUUGGCCGGGUUUUCAUGUCAUUGGAAGGCCAGAAGCCACCAAAUUCACCGUCGCUAAUUUCAUUGGUGGAACAUCUUGGUUGCCCUCUACAGGUGUCACGUUCGUUGCUGGCCUCUAA